CACGGCCUCGAUGACGAGAUUGAUGUUGGGAAAUGUUUUAAGUCCACGAAGGAUAACCCACAGACAUGGACAGAUUUGCAGGUCCAAAGAUGAGCAACUCAGUUCACGGGGUUAGUACUUAUGUCUGCCGAUCGGAACAACGGUGACAGCCCUGUUGUCUGCCCCGUGCUUUACCGCCACGCCUUUGGAGUCAUGUUCACUUGGAACACCGACUACGAAAAGGUGGAAAGCACUGAGGAAGCGGUAUUGGGCAUAUGUAAGAGGGUCUAUUUGGAGGCUGGACUUACAACAGUCGGAUGGAACGUUAGGCAAGACUUACAUCAUCCUUACGUACAAAGACCUGCAACGUUGGAGUCCAAUCCACCCUGCCUGCAGCGAUCUGGCUAUGCUGGACAGCGAAGGUGUGCUCGGGCCCUGUAUUGCCUCAUCACGAGAUAUGAUUGUCAACUGAACUUCCACCUCAGCUCGACGCAGGUCCUGAAGGAGGAAGCGCUGAACGUGGGACUUUCAAUGAGUGCACAAGGGUGUACAUCGGCGAAGGGGAGUUGCUACGACAUCAAGGAGAUGUUCUCCUCGAUACCCCAUGAGGCCGUAAGAGAUGCGGUGUUCGAGCUCCUUCGCACACAGGUGGCGACUAGAGGCAAGAAUUGUCUACUGUCCAAGACGGGGCGAGCAGAAGCCAGCUACGUGACGAUCAAAAUUGAGGACAUUUACAAGAUGGUCGUGUACGACCUCUCACACGCGUACAUGGUUUGUGGAGAAGUAAUCAAGAGGCGAGUAGUUGGAAUUCUGAUGGGUAAAACCAUGAGCCCAGUACUUGCCACUGUGACUUGUGCAAUGGCGGAAAGUAAAUUUCUGCAGUUGCGAGGUGCGGACAGCAAACUCGUCAAGGGUUGGAGGAUGGUUGACAACGUUUCGUUUAUAGUUGGCUUUUGCAGUAAGGAGGGAUCUGGAACUAAGGCCCAGGACGUUCUCGCGGCUUUCGAGGCUGUGUACGGUCCAAGACUCAAGCUCGUACGGAAGGAUGACGACACGAACUCGUUGAAUGUCAUCGGGGUACCAAGCGCUGCCACAUGCAUAAGUAACAUGCUUGCUGAGAGUCGUUCGCUCACUCACUUCAAGGCAAACAGAUGUGUGCUCGACUUAAGAGGGGCACUUGACCUCGUAAAGGGUGUGACAAACAGCAUCAGCUUGCAAGAAUGCAGUCUUUCGGACACCUUCCUUCCGCCGCAAGCACUCAGUGUACUUUCGGACGGUCUGGCAUCUGCUGUUUAUGGGCAGGGAGAGGCUGCAAGCGCAGGAGCCCAGACACCACUGCCUGUUGCAGGUCCAGUCGGACAAAUUUGUGAGGCUGCAGAAUUUCCCAGCUGCGCAGCGAGAUCUGGGAAGGGUCUCAGUCAGCUUCGCAAACUUGAGCUUUCGUAUCUAGGAGGUGGCUGCGCAAGCGAUCGUGAAAGUGCACCGCAGGCUCUCGCCAGGUUAUUGAGAAUGAACAACACUCUGAAGGAGCUAAGGAUCUCAAACGCCUGCUCAUGCGACGAAAUUCUGUCAUCCAUGGAAGGUCUCAGGGGUAAUCACUGCUUAGAAGUCCUCCAGUACUGCUCUGCAGAUCCUCACGUGUCUACUGAAGAAAGAGCGCGUAUGCUGUGUAUCCUAGACCACAACACGACUCUCAAACGUUUGUUGUUUGGUACAUUCACAGAUGCUGAGAUCCAAAGGAAGCUGCAUAAAAACAAUUUCCAGCGAGAGUUGCUUGAUGCCUUGGACUACGCCAGUGGCUGGCGCAUGAGCUGCUUUUUGGGAGACGACCUUCCUCCUCCUCUGCCCCCACCUCUUUACCAGUCAGGCGGCGAACAGAACCCAUCUGACAUGCCAUCCAAUUUACGUUUCACAGCUGAUGCGACUCCCAGUCAGCUCACUGGAUCACUGCAGUGGCUGUCAGACCCAGAUCAGACACUGCAGCGCGAAUGGGAGUCCUUGCGCGGCAGUGCUUGCAUGGCUGCAGAGGGGAUAUGGAGGUUGCGGCGCCAGAUUUGCGAUGCAGUUUCACUGGAAGCUAAACAGCGGACCUUUUUAAAACAUCUGGAGUCGGGAAGGCUUGCCAAAGCGGAAAGAAUUGUGUUCAAAGGGUCGGCGACCCAGGCACUACAGUUCGAGGAUGAUCUCUGCUCUCCCAGGCCUCUUGAGCUGUCAAAAGGCCUGAAUUUCUGGAUCGAGGUGUGCAUGUCUCGCCUAGGAAGAUUCUUGUCUUUGCACGGACCCUCCCUCCAUCGCCUGAGGCGAAUAGCGCUCCAUGACAUGGUUGGCACACACAUAUCAGAACAGUUCCUCAUGGAACUUGGUUAUUUCCUGAGACGAAAGUCGUGCCUCGUUCAAGAACUCGUGUUUACGUUGUGCGAUUUUAGUAUGGCAGGAAGAGCUGGCUGCUUGAUAGGCGAUACAUUAGCACAAAGUUCCUCGUUGACGGUGUUUCACGCUACGUCUUGCAGUUUCGGUUUUGGAGGGGCGAUUGCAUUGGUUGAGGGUAUAACGAGGAGCAAUAGUCUUCAGGAGUGUGAUCUCUCUGGCACAUUACUUCCAGGACAGGCAUUGACAGUGUUCGCAAACAAUCUGGCAUCUACAAGAAACAAGGCAGCAGCUGCAAAGGAGGUUGACGUAAGCGAUGCGUCAAUGGAAAGCGGCGAGGCAGGACCGACGAAGAGGGCCGCAACGUGGCCAGCGAAAACCACGCUCCGAUGCACCCGACUCCGCAAGCUGACACUGAGUUACAUUACCGAGGGUUUGGCCGACCAUCGCGAGUGCGCCAGCAAGGCUGUUGCAAGACUUUUGACAACAAAUGAUACCUUGAAGGAGCUCCACAUUACUAAUCGAGCCCCAGUUUCCGAUAUCAUAGCGGUCUUGGAAGGUCUCGCGGAUAAUAACUGUCUAGAAACUCUCAGGUGUUCCUGUGAACAUUCUGGUGUCACUGCGGAAGAAAAAGGGCGCAUACUGUUCCUUGUCGACAAAAUGACGCACAUCAAGCAACUACAUCUAGGCUUGUCCGUGGAGGCUGAAAUCAAUACGAAGCUGAGAAGGUAUGCCUUGGAGCGUGAAUUUCUGCGCAGCACUGGAACUCUCGAAUACGUCAGUGGGCGACACAUAAGGUGCUUUUUGGUUGGCCAUCCACGUGCAGGGAAGACCACGCUAAGGAAGUCCCUUUGCCGAGGCAGGUGGAAGGCCAUGGUCACAAUAGAGAAGCCACCAAAGUACAUGCAAAGGAAAAAACACAGACAGACAAGAGGAAUUGAGACAAAGGCUAUUCGGGGCCACGGUGGUAUUAGCGUUCAGCUAUGGGACGUGGCUGGGCAGGAGGAAUAUCACACCAUGCAUGACCUUUUCAUGCCCACUCUUGGUGACGAUAUGGCCAGCCCGUCGAUGUUCCUGUUGAUCUGCAAUCCUGCCGACAAAAAGGGAUGGAAAUCGGAGCCAGACUUGCGCAUCCAGCUGGGAUACUGGUUGAAAUUCAUUGGUGCUAACACCGUUGCAGAUUGCAAGCCUCUUGUAGUGCUCGUCUUCAAUCCACACGAUCAGAAUCCGAGCUUGUAUGAAUCCGCAGGUCAGGCAGGAUCAUUACUGGACUGGGUGGACGAACAAUUCGGCGACAAAUUCAACAUUGCCAAAACGCCGUUCGUUGUCGAUGCAAGGCGACGUACAGCCGCGAAGCCGGUGCACGAUUUCCUUAUUCAGCAGGCCGAUUUGAUCCUCCGUGAGGUGAAGGUACUGAAGAUCGUCGACAGAAUUCUCUCUGAGGUUACCGUCAGGUCACGGACAAGCCCCCUUAUCUCUUGGAAGGAAUUUGAUAGUAUCUGUCAAAAAGAAGUUUGCCCUAGCACUGCUGAACUAACUCUCCCCGAUGAAGCUGAGCCACCUGAGAAAGAGGGAUUUGGACUCUCAGAACGGACGACUAGGUAUCUUGCUGGCCUGACAAACACGUUAGCGCACUAUCUUCAUGACAUUGGGGUGGUCAUCUGGUUUCGUGAGAUGCCUUUCCUUGUUGCGAGUCCAGAAUGGUUCUGUUCCAAAGUCGUGGGCGAAAUCAUCCCAACGGAGUGCAGCAAAUCCGGAGUCCAUGAUGGCAUAGCAAGCCAUGAUCUCCUCGUGAGGGUCCUUUCACGAUCUUUCCCGUCGCAAUAUCAAGCAAACGUGGGUGAUCUGAUCACUCUGAUGGUGAAGAUGCACCUGGGCUACGAGUUCAUCCAUCGCAACGAGAAAAGCAUGAUGAUGCCGGCAUGUCUUCCCGAGUGGAGAGACAACACGGAAAUCGCGUGGAAAGUGGAGUGUAAAGAAGAGAUGACUUACUUUGGGUUUCGAAUCGAGUGCAACAACAAGAAGCAGACAAUGCUGACGACUGGGUUCUUUCAUCGGUUGCAGGUCCAAUUGCAUGGCCAGCAUGAAGAUUGUGGCGAGUACCAGCUUGCAAAGGACUUGAUUUACCUUGUCGUAAAUGGACCAGGCGCUGAGGUUUAUCUCGAGUUCUCUGGUUUCUUCGGCGACUGGAUCGAUGUGAUGGUUAAAUGUCCGAGCGACAAGUUUGAAGACAGCAAAUGCUGGGUUGAAGAGAGCAUUAUUUCCAAUGUGCACUGUCUGUGCAGGGAGCCAACUGGUCUGCCUGGAGUGAGCCUGAUGGUCAAGGUCAUACGCCCAAAAUGCGUUGAGGAACUCGUUCCUCGCCAGGACCGCAGCGAAUCGCAGGUUGUUGGCGAACAGGAGAUUCUGCAUAUUCUCAGAAAGUCGGGUCCGAAGCAUUAUUAUGUCUGGCCAGAACUUCGCUGGGGUCAACAACGUGAACGCUAUUUCCCGCGUGAGAAUGGCAAGAAGGUAUUCGAAUUGCUUCGGCCAUCGGUGAUCAAGGAGACAAUGGAAACGAUCAUUACGCAGGGCGAGGAGCUAAGAUGGUUCGUGAAGGAGCUAACUCAGCGUCAAGUUGCCGAAGGCGGCCUGAAACCGUCGAGUCCAGCAGUCGAAAGGUCGCGGAUUGGCGGCGUGGAAGUGGAAGUGGAGGGGUUUUUGCCGGAGCCAUCGCAGAAAAGCUUGUCGAUCCUGUUGGAGAACAUGCAGGGGACCUUAACGAGAAUGAUGACGGUGAUGACGGAAAUGCAUCGGACGCAGGGGGAGAUGUUUACGCGCAUCUGUAGCAUGCUGAACGACAUGCAUCGGACUCAGGGGGAGAUGUUUACGCGCAUCUGUGGCAUGCUGACGAAUCUGUCGCGCCUUGCAACGGAGAAACACACGCACCGAUUGCCUCACCUACUCUACUUCACUGAAAAAGUGGGGAGAGUGUCGAGGCUUGCGGCAUGGUUUGGUCGCCCACUCGGAAUUCGGCCUUUUCAGCUUCAUCUGAUGUGCGAGUCCAGGGCCAAAUGCCAUGUUGUUGAGAAACAACCAGGCCUGCAAGUAUGGAUCCAGGAGAGAGAGAGAGAAAAUGUAUGGGUCCUAUUAAGGACUACGCUACUCAUCCUAACGGUGCUUAUGGUGUCGGGAUGCGGAGCCAUGGCAGGCAUACAUGCCUUGAUGCCUGAUAUGUCUGCCUUCACAAGUGACUGGUCGAUCGUAGUGUCUGCAACUGCGACGAAAGACAUCGCAACCCUUGGAACGAGUGCCAGGGAUGCUCUGAACGAUUUCAAGGACCGUCUUCAUAAAGGUACGCGAAUGUUUGAUGACGAUCUCGAGGCGGAUUGGAGAAGGGGUGAGGCAUUUCUUUGGCUAGAGAAAAUCCUUUCGCCUCACAAAAUCCAAGAACAGUUUGGAUUAACAUGUGUCAAAUACACGGAUAACAGUUCCAUCGCUUGGAUCUGCCGUGACUGCUUCAAGGAGCACCAUCACGAAAUCGAGCGAUUCACAUGAUUACUUCGAAUCGCCUCUCACUGGGUUUCCAACUUUCCAGUGAGAUCACUUCAAAGUUUGAAGUUUGAACCCCUCCACUACUGCAGGGUUCGCAGCUGCUGGGAUUAGGGCAGGAAUCAUGGCCCAGGUGAAGGGGGUGGAUUUUUUUUUCCGGCCAGGGGGGUGCUGGGGGGGAGCGAAGGGGCGUUGUAGGGAAGGGGCAUCCUGUGGGGGUCAUCCCAAUAGGGCGACCAAAGAAGGCGCUGGCCACUGCUAACUUCUCCUUUUGCAUUUUCUUUUCCCCCGCUUCUCAUUAGUUCAAGCGUAACUUGAUUUUUUUCUUUUCUUUGAAGGCCUUGAUUUCCUCCUCAUCGUCCGUUAAGCAGCUUUUGCAAGGACGCACAAUUCCAAGGACGCGACCCUGGAUCCAAUCCCAAGAG